AUGUCCUUCAUCUCCUUAAUCCUUCCCUUUGUGAUCUCACUUGUCCUCAUUGUGCCGUCUACACUCCCUCAGGGUGCUUUCAUAUACAGAAACGACGGGGAAGUGAUCAGUAUUGGAGGUACCGGCUACUCAACGAAUGGCACAGCACCGCCUCACGCACAACUCCUUCUGUUUGACCUUCCCGACUCCUGGCCCAAGCAGCUGCACAGCUUGCCACCGCCGCUACUAGUUCAGUUCGUGUUGGGUCUCGCCCUUCUGCUUUACUCAAUCAUCCUCACCGCCAUCACUCUCGUUGAACGUAGACGGGCAAAACGAGACCCCUUCAGGAAGGACUUCAACUCAUUUACUGGACUCACCAGCUGGAUCACCCUUAUCGCCGUCCUGCUCACUUGCGGCAUACUUGCUGCUGAUCUGGGGGUAUUCCUCUCUACACGGGAGGCGUUGGAGGAUACUGGCGUGCUUGAGCUCGGUCCCGCAGGUUACACAAUCCUCUACGCUGGAGGAGAUUUGACUCUGAUGUGGCUGAUCGUAUGGGGGGUCGUGGUCGUACUGCGUGGUUGGCGUGUGAAGCGAGCGGAAAGGAUGUCAUUAGCAGAGGAAGAGCCAGAGUUCAUGCCUGACAAAGUAGAGUACGAGGGAGAUCGAGUGAAGCUUUCUGUACAUGUACCAUAG